AUGGAAGACGAAAUUGCUGAACUUUCAUCAGUUUGGCGAAAAAGAUUUUUGACAGCAUUGAAAGAAAUAAAUAAUGAUGAUAUGAAAGAUAAACAAGCCAUGCAAGAGCUUGAAGAUAUUAUUUCUCCUAAAACUAUGUAUGAAAUUCCUGAAAGGUAUUAUCCUUUAUUUCUUGCAAAUAGUCCUAUAGGGAUAUUAUUCUUCUUUGAACUUCUGAGGAAAUUAAUCAUAACCAAUGCAAGCUUUUGGAAAAAGCUAAAAAUGGAAAAGAAUCGUAAGCUUUCUGAAGCUAAUCUUCAUCAUAAAAAGAAAUCUAUAAAAUCUGAUGAAGAAACCAUUGCUAAAUUGUUAGUACAAAUAUUACAAAAUAAAUCUGAAAAAGCUGGUAGUUUGAAAUGUCAAUCAGAAAUUGAUUUUACGCAAGAUGAAGAUCAAAGGAUAUUAGAAGAACUAACUGAUUUUGCACAAGAUAAAGAUUGA